AUGAUAAUAGCACCACCUUCGCGUUUCUUCCUCUCCAGUCGACUUCUCCCUCCCUCCCUCCCUCCCUCCCUCACUUCCCUCUCUCUCUCGGUCUGUCUGUCUGUGUCUCCCUUCUUGCCUCCCUCCCUCCCUCCCCACCGUGCACGCUUGGGUCUGCUGCCGGUGUCGCAGCGGGCGGCGGUGGACGCGUACGUCGCCGAGAUCGAGCAGGUUACCGCUCAGCUGAGGUCGUUCGCGUACUGGGCCCAGGCCCCCGGGCUCGUCGGCGGGGAGGGGAUAGCGACGGCGGUGGAGGGCCAGUCGUGGACUCGAAAGAAGAUCAGAAACGACGCCAGCCCGUACGUCGAAGAGUGGACCACCCGGUGCCUGCUCAUCCGCGGAGCCAUCUACCCCCCGUCCCAAACGCCACCGCCUCCGCCGCCGCCGCCACCGGACGCCGGGGACGGAUCACCCCCGGACGCUGACUCCGCGACCACCACGGUGGAUGCACCACCAGCAGCGGCGGCGGCGGCGGCGGGCAUCGAAAGACCGGCAACAAAUGGACGGGUACGGGGGGGGCGAGGAGAGUCUGCUGGUAGCGGCGGCGCUGGCGGGGGCGCCGCGGAUGGGACCGUCGGGUCGGUGAUCCCCGCGCGCGCGCGGCGGCUGGUCUGGCGCAGGGUGGUGGACGCCCUGCUGUUGUCGCUGCUGAGGGGUUUCAGCCGCGUGAGACGGUGCAGCACGGAGGGGCGGGCGCUGAUGAGCAUGGACCUACAGGCACUGGCCCUGGGCCUUGAAGACCCGGCGGCGACGCAGGCCGCCAAGGCUCACGUGCACGCCUACGUCAACGCCUUCUACUUCGGGGAUGAAGACUUGCACAAGUGGAUCAAGGAGCGGUGGCGGAGCUACCCCAUGUACCAGAUGGUGUCGCUCCUGCAGUGCGCGGACGGCGCAGUGGCCUCCAAGGUCCUCCGUAAGCGGCGGGUCAAGGACCUGGUGGCCCAGGUAGAGGCCCUCUACCUGCCGAGCUGGAAGGAAAGCGGCGGCGGAACCGGUGCCUCUUCGGGGCAAACGGCGGGGGCGAAGACAGGGAGCACGACCGGCACCCCCCCUGCUGCUGCUGCUGCCGCUGUCCACGGUGCCCCCACGAGUGGUGGAAGGAGGAGCAGCGGCGGCAGCAGCGGGGGCGCUCAUGACAGCAACGGCCGAUCGCCAUCCCCCGCUUGCGAAUGA